GUUCAGAGGUCGCCGCCGCCGCUGCCGCCGCCGGCCCCCGCGAUGGCCAUCUUCAGCGUGUACGUGGUGAACAAGGCCGGGGGCCUGAUCUACCAGCUGGACCACUACGCGCCCCGGGCCGAGGCCGAGAAGACCUUCAGCUUCCCGCUCGAGCUGGUGCUCCGCCCGCACGACGAGCGCGUCCUGGUGGCCUUCGGGCAGCGCGCACUCUACUGGCACAACUAGAGCAAACUGGGCCACGCCGUGCUCGCCCUCAACGGGGUCGACGUCAACGGGAGGCUCACGGGCGACGGGAAGGACGUGAUGGAGUACCUGAGCAACCCCGCCAACUACCCGGUCUCGAUCCGCUUUGGGCGCCCGCGGCUGACCUCCAACGAGAAGCUCAUGCUGGCCUCCAUGUUCCACUCGCUCUUCGCCAUCGGCUCCCAGCUUUCCCCCGAGCAGGGGAGCUCCGGGAUCGAGAUGCUGGAGACGGACACCUUCAAGCUGCACUGCUUCCAGACCCUGACCGGGAUCAAAUUUGUGGUACUUGCUGAUCCAAGGCAAUCUGGGAUAGAUUCCCUUCUGCGCAAGAUCUAUGAGAUUUACUCAGACUUUGCUUUGAAAAACCCUUUCUACUCUUUAGAGAUGCCAAUCAGAUGUGAGCUCUUCGAUCAGAACCUGAAACUUGCACUGGAGGUAGCAGAGAAAGCAGGACCAUUUGGACCAGGGUUAUAGGCCCUCCCUCACAUCAGCCGCCAGAUGGACUUCUCAGGACAGUGGAGUCUUCGGCUAGAAGGAUGUGGCUCUGGUGGCAGUUUGAGAGGACCGAACAGGUGACAGCACCGUGGCAAACCUCUGCUGCCAUCUUAAAAAGAAACAAGGCCACACCCUCUCUUCAAAAAGUAGGAUGUACAAAAUAUAUGUUUGUCUGUCACACUGUACAUGUCUAAUUUAUUAUUGGGGCAUUAAGUACUGCUUGUGUUAAUAAAGCAUUCUAUAAAGAGAAGAUUC